AUGAAAAAACCAUCAUCAGCUUAUGUUUUAUGGUGCAAAGAUCGAUGGGCUGAGGUUAAAAAAGAGAACCCGGAUGCCGAAUUCAAAGAAGUUUCAAACAUUUUAGGAUCCAAAUGGAAGAAUGAAGGAGCAGGAUCCAUUAAAGACGAAAAGGCCAUUGACAACAUUCAUAAGCAUGAAGCUUUACUGAUGCUUAAGAAGAAGGAGAAAUCUGAAAAAAUAAUCAAGAAUAAAAAGAAGCUUAAGGGUGAAACGGGUGCAGUAGACCCUAACAAGCCAAAGAGGCCUGCUUCCUCAUUCAUUCUAUUCAGGGCCUGCAAUGAUGUACUGAGAUUCGUCAUGGAAAGUGGUGACAAGGGUUGCGAGGUUGUUUUCUCAACUGCAGACUUUGAUUCGACACAACAAGCUUGUACACAUAUGAUUACUAGUUUAGCUUGUGCAAUUAAAUUUGAGGUUGCAUUUGGAUUUCAGUUUGACUGUAGUUUGACUUAUCCAGACUUACUGUUUGACUUAAAUACCAGUAAGAUUAAUUCAGAUUCAGCCAUUCAGACACUUCAGCUGAUCUGA